UCCCGUGAUGUUAGGGGGGAAUGUUAGCACAGCAUCGGAAUGAGAAAAAGUGCCUAGAUUUACAGUUAAAGCUCAAUGUUUGGCGAGGUUUUCGCCUCAAGACAUGGGAUCGUCGCAGUGGAGGGAUGACGGAGGAUGUGUCCGCCGACAUGGACGGUAAAGGGAUGGUCAUGUCCCUCGGAGGAACUCUCGCUAACGGGAUGCUGUAUAGUUAGCCUGUCCGGACUCCGUGUUCAGAUUUGAGUGCCACAAGCCAGCUGGCUAGUUAAUACACUCCGUGGUAAGUUUGCACUCUCCGCCUCCCUGUUCGUCUCCCACACUCAACACGGAGUCAUGGCACAACCGCAGCUGGAGAAAGUGACAGAUUUCGGAGACUACACUUGUGGCAAAGAGCUGAGUGAGCUGCUCAAACAAAUCAGCCUGUCGGAUGUGCGCCUCAGUCCAGACGGACGCCACAUCCAUGUCAUCCUCCGCAAGCCUAGAGCCGGUCUUGUGACUUUUGACAAGCACGAAAGACCCCAGUUCAUUCAGAGCCACAAGCGUCUGGAUUUGGGCCCGGCGCGGACUGUCCCGGUCGUGGAUGUUGUGUAUUUGGACCAUAACAACAGCAACUACAGGAAGACUGCUGUUUCCACUGUAGCAGUGGUGUAUGAGAAUGGAAAGACUGAGUUUUGGAAAUUCCAGGAGUGCAAAGCAGGCUGGCAUCUCGUGCAGACCUCAGACUUGUGCAACAGCCCCCGGGCCAGAGUGGUGUCUGUGUCUGCCUGCUCCAACCUCAUCAUCUGGUGUGAGGAGAGACCGCCCUCGGAAAGCUCCUCUGUCCUCAGCGCCACCAGGAAUAACUUGAGAUACUGUAUCUGCAAGCGGGACUUUGAGGUAGAGGAGGGCGCCGUCAGCUUAGGAGGAGUGAAAAUUGCCCUUCACAACAACCCUCGAUACACUGUCAUCAGCUCAGGUGAAUAUGUCUACCUGCUCCCCGACUCUGAGGAAAAACCCCUGUCUAGCAUCUCCAAAUUCUUUCUUUCCUGGUCACCCCAGCACGACACCUUCAGGGUCAGCAGCACAUGUAAAAACACUCUUCUGAAAAAAGACUCCCCUGCGGUGAAAGAAUCUGACUUUAAGAGGCUAGUUACUGACUGUUUAGGAUAUUUAUCAUCCUCGCAGCCACCUGAGAUAUACGGCGUCUCUCCCACAGCUGGUGGAGGGCUGCUGCUUCUGCUCAGUACCUGCUGGGUGUGUCUGCUGCAGAAAGACGGGACUCUGCGGCAGGUAUAUAAACUGGCAGACAACUGCUCGGUGAACUCCGGGACACACAACAGCCUCCACGUCUACCAGGACACCUUGGUGCUGGUGGUAGGACAGAAGUUGUAUUUGAUAGACUUGAAAUGUGGCAGGGAGCUGGGGAGGAUCUCUCUGAAGAGGGAGGGCUUGUUAUAUGUUAACAGGGUCGAGAGACAGUCGCCUUACCUGCUUUCAGAGAGUGGGUUGUAUGUGGUGGUACGCCGGGACACAGACACCAGAGGCUGUGAUGCCAACUCUAAACUGAGACCGUCUCUUUUUGGCACAGUGGAGAGCAUCUGCCCUGGACUCUUCCUUGUAGAGGCUGUCUUUGAGGAGGCCUGUAAAUACUACCAGCAGAGGAGCCUGAGCAGCACCCAGCUCACUGUGGACGCACUGAAGGAAGGAGGCAAGUUCCAGGCUCCCAUUUCUCUAGCCUCCAUUCUCAGGAACUACCUCAGUGCAGGAGGGAGGCAGAAAGGAGCAGAGGUGUCCCAGGGUGGUGGAGGAGGCAGUGGGUUUGUGGCAGGGCAAGACAAGCUGCAUGGCUCUUUGGAGGCAGAGCUGAAGGCGUUGGUCUCUCUGGAGGAUGUGAAGUUGAGUUUAGUUCGGGGAAGUGUUAAAGAGGUGGAGGCGCUGUGUGAGAGCCUGGUUCAGCAGGAGGUAGCCAGGCUGCUGUCUUCAUCAGAGCUGGACAGAGAUGCUCUGCUCUACCUCAACUCCAUCUUCCGCAUCUUCCCCUGCCAGGCCUGGAGGGCUGCACAGGCCACCCUCCAGCUGCGCUGCAACGGGGAGGGCUCUCUGUCCAGCAAGGCUCCCCCUGAGGUGUGGAAGACGGUCCUCAGUCCUACCCAGACCCCCGGCACCCCAGCCAACCACCCCUAUACCAACGGUGAGCCAAAACUUAAGCUUAACCUCGACACCAAUUCCAUAACUAACUCUAACCCCGGCCCCACCAGCUCUACAUUCCCAGCUGCUAAUCUAGCGCUGCCUGUGUUUGAGCUCCUCUGUCACUCCGUGUUCCACUUCCAGCCUGGCUGGUUGCCCAGGUUUCUUGAGCUCGCCCAGCAGCAGCAGGGCUUAGCUGGCCUGGGCCUGAGUCUGGCCUCCUCCUCCUGGAGCUACUCCAGUGGGAGAGGAGGGGACGGCGGAGAGAGCAGCGUGCCCCUGUACAAAAGAGCCCUGUCUGUCUUGUCCAGCCUGGAAACAGACAGAAACCGGAGUCAGGACCUGGAGGUGGAGCUGCUGCUGGUCAGUGGACGGCCCAAUGCUGUCCUCCAGGCCCUGAGGAUUCUCAUGAGCCGGCAGCAAUGGGAGCAGGUCAUCCAGGUGGCACAGAGGUUCUGUAAGCAAAGUCCCCUGCUCAACAAGGAGAUCUUCACCACUCUGCUGUGUGAGGUGGCUCAGCACAGAGACCUGGAUCCGUAUUUGGAUCUUCUGUGGGCCCUGUGCCCUGAGGACCUCACCGUCACCUCCAUCCUCAACCUGGUACUGAAAAACAUCCCUUCACCGAACCUCCCUUGCAGUUCCUCAUCCCCCAAACCUUUUGCGGAGCCCCACAGUAGCCAGCUGACCAUUGGCCUUUUGAAGCCCCUGCUGAGUAAAGUUCUCCAGAGGGAGGCCAAGCCAAGCCAGCGCUACGCAGACAUCCUCCAGUCCCCGUCAUUCCCUCCUCCCACGCCCCCUCGCCAGGCAAUGGAGCAGCCCAGGGCGGGCACUGAGCCCAGCACAGACUCACCUCAUGGCAGCAGCAUCACUACUGCAGCACUGACAGGCACACCUGAACAGCAGCCCUGCUCACAAACAAAUGUCCAGGGGGCCAGAAUGCAACUACCUGCUAACCCAGUCUGACCCACCUGUACAUGUAAAUGCACACACAUACAAACAGACUGGAAAUGGAACAUCAACAGUAACAUGUGCAUUUAUGUAGAGUUCACACAUAAUCUGACCUAACUUCGCCAGGCAAAGUAGUGUGUGUUAGGCGGAAAAACAGUGACAAUCAAUACAGAAUAAUAUCAGCAUAAUGCAGAAAACAAUAUCAGUAUACUGCAGUUAUUUAUGUGUUAUGUAAGAGGCACACUUUCUGGAAAUAGUAAUCUCAGACAAUGUGACCACUAGGGCCUAGGAAAUGACUACUGAAGGUCUUACAAUUGUAAAUAACGCUAUUCUCAAGCCUUAAUAUGUAUAUAUGUGCGGUGUUAUUUAAACUUUUAACCCUAAAAUGGUGUUGCAUGCACAUGGAUAAGAAUGUCAUUACAAUGAUUUGCAUGGAAUACACUUGGCCUUUAUCAAGAUACCAUUGAUAAACAUUGAUUUUGUACUGACGCAGUAUAGCGUGACCACUCUAUACUUAAGUACAAGCCUACUAACUCCCGUUUUUGGGGUUUUUAGUAUCUGUGUGCAGAAUAUUAUCUGUCUUAGCCUUUAAAAGUAGCUGAUGUCUGCUAACUGUGCCCAGGUAUUGCUGCCUUUCACUAGAUUGUUUGUGUCAGUGCCGCAGUCUAUUGUAUUCACUGUUAUACAGGAAAACUGGCCUUUCUGUUUGAAUGUUUGUUUUAAAUGAGGUAUUUCAACACCUGUGUUUUGGAAGAGGCCGGGUUCAAAGUUCCUUCACUGACUGCUGGUUUUGUAUUCUCCAUGAUACUGGUCAGCUGUCGAGCUCAAAUAUUAACCCGAUCUCUGUGGACUCAACCACAACAUACUAGUCUGUAAACCAGACCGUAAAUAAUCCGCCUGUCCAGCUUCUGCGUUUCAUUUUUUCCAUUCCUGUCAUCCGUCUCAGCCUCUCCAGACUCCAUCUUGUUCAGGCUGCUCUUUCCCAGGUUUCCACACAGAACAUUCCAGCCAGAGAACCCAAGAAAAGUGACUCACAGUUAUACUUCAAAUUGAAUUUCGGACGUAAUUCUGUUAGGCAACUAGUGUGGGUGGGGCACAUUGUGACACACACACACACACACAUACGCCGCACAAGGUCAUGUCUUCCUUCAUGGACCGAUGAGGAUAAUGAUAUUAAAGAGAUGUUAGGCCCUCUGUCUUCCUCCUGCUAGCUUUAUCCUCACUCUGAUACUGCUUUUGCACUCCUGCCCCACCCAGUCAGUAUUGUUUGUACUGUACUCUCGGCGUAUUUGUUGACAUGAAUGUUAACUUUUUUCUGAUUAAAUGCAAUGUACAUCAAGUGCUGUGAACAAAUUAUGUUUAAGUGCCUACUUGUAAGUAUUACACUUGGAUGCCUAUGCUAAUUGUUUCUGUUUUAGUAGUUUACACUGCAGGAUUUAAUCAAAGUAAAAGGCUUGUCUUUUUGUUACUGAACUGUGGACCACCUGCAAAACAAAAUGCUGUUGAUAUUGUAACACUUUUUUUAAAGAACUUUUUAAGUAAAAGGAUAAAUGGACUAUGCAGCUAUAGAUCACAGAUGUAAAAAAAAAAAAAAAAAAAAACAGCUUGUGACAUCUGUAUGGCGAACAGUUACAAUCAAACUCCAAAAUGCCACUGUACAAUCAGAGUGCCUGUCAGAGCACUGCGGCUCAUUUACACAGCAGUGUAACAUUUCUGCUGCGUCUCCAGUCUCCUCAGCGUCACUCCCCCAUUUCUGAGCUGGUGGUGGGGGCUGGAGGGUCUGUUUUCUCUUGCAGAUUACAGUAUUUUACGGUUAACCAGUUUACUAUGUGGAGAAUGGCUCUAAUCCGUGUUUUCUGAUUUUGUGCUUUUGUAAUUCCAGUAUGUGGCUUGAUGCUCUGUAAAUGUUUUCUCUGGUCUGAUUGUUGCCAUUAACUUAUUAAUAGUUUCAUUCUAAGUAUACUUGAACAAGCAUGACAGUAACGGUGGGACUGCAAGCAAUACAAUGAAAUGUGUUUAACGGGCACUAGAUAUGUUUCAGUCCAACUGUGACAUAACCGGGAAAUCCCUGACUUCCCCAAACAAAACCAGUGGAUUAUUUCAACUGUUUAAUGUUAAUUUGCCAUAAAUUUUGCUGGUAAUUUUUAACAGGUGCAAGUGAAACUCCUCCUAUAUGUGCCUGACAAAGUGUCCCAGCUAAGUGGCUUUGCAGACUUUUUUUUAUGAUGCUUUCCUUUUGCCAUGUUUGAAAAACAUAAGUAUUUAUGAAUGGAUUCUGUAUGUUAUUAAACUAAAGAAAAACUGCU